AUGACGAUGCAUGUUUUUGAUAAAAAUAUCUCUGGAUACAACGGUGCUGCCGGUCCCUUUGAAGCUGUCGUAAAUAUGGGCUCAGCACAACCACCACAACGCAAAGGCAGAUUCUCCCAAUAUGCGCCGAACAAGCUGGUCGAGCUUCAACACAAAUUUGACGAGCUUGAAUCGCUAGACAUUUUUCAGCCCUCUGAAAACCUUGACAUAACCGUUGAAUACUUUAAUCCAUCAUUCCUCAUUAAGAAGCCAAGUGGAGCACACCGACUAGUCACUGCCUUUGCUGAUGUUGGUCGAUACAGCAAGCCACAACCAUCUCUAUUACCCGAUGUCGAUUCCACCCUCCGAACAAUCGCCAAAUGGAAGUACAUCGUAUCCGACCUUACCAACGCUUUCUAUCAGAUGCCACUUGCUAAAGGUUCCAUGAAGUACUGUGGCGUCGUGACUCCAUUCCGCGGCGUUCGAGUCUACACCCGAUCAGCUAUGGGCAUGCCAGGGUCAGAAACAGCCCUCAAGGAGCUCAUGUGUCGCAUACUCGGUGAUUGCCUAGAAGAUGGAAUCGCUGCAAAGCUUGCAAACGACUUGUACUGCGGUGCAGACUCACCUGAGGAACUGCUCAUCAACUGGAAGAGGAUCCUAGAUGCCCUCCAAAAGUGCAAUAUCAAGCUUUCUUCAUCCAAAACCAUUAUUUGCCCACGCAGUACCACCAUCUUAGGCUGGAUUUGGACACAGGGAUGCCUAUCCGCAAGCACCCACAGAAUUGCUACAAUGUCAUCGUGUCUGCCUCCCGAUACGGUACGGGGUCUUCGCUCUUUUAUAGGAGCCUACAAAGUCCUCGGACGUGUUGUUGCCAAAGUGUGCACACAUCAUCGCACCAUUGGAAAGUGCCAUUGCAGGACAACAAUCAUGUGACAAGAUCAAGUGGUCAGAUACUCUGUCCCAACAAUUCAAGUUGGCUCAGCGAAUGUUCCCUCGGAUUUCGCCAGUCGAAACGCACCAGAGUGCAUUGAACCGAAAUGCCAAAUUUGUAACUUCAUUUCAACCACAGAAGAUUCCGUAGUUCGGUCCACCUCCGUCCAAGACGUACACCACCUCCCCCGCUUACCUUUUACAACCCGAUCUGCCUGGAUCCAAAUACAAUCCGAGUGUCCCGACCUACGCAGAACACAUGCUCACCUGAAAAGUCCUGAAACAAGCAACACGUCCCUCUAAGAAAUUAACAAAUGUAAAGAAUGUUAAACGUUACCUAAAUCCCCUGUCCAUUGCCAAAGAUGGUUUAUUAGUGGUUCGUAGAACCGACCCUUUAUCACCCUCCCCCGAGUUGAUCGUAGUACCACGCUCCGUACUUGACGGUCUUGUAACAGCCUUACAUAUCAAAGUCGACCACCCGUCAAAACACCAACUCCAACUGGUGAUGAGACGCAAUUGCAACUUCUUCGCACUUGACAUGCCAGCUGCCAUCGCUCGUGUGAGUGACACAUGUCACACGUGUGCCUCCCUGAAAAAGCUCCCACCUCAAGUUGUACAGCAUAGCACGGAAGAACCACCCAAGGUCGUUGGAGUUUCAUUUGCCGCAGAUGUCUUAAAGUGGUGUAAACAAACUAUCAUAGUCGUUCGCGAAACAACGACAUCCUUUACCGCAACGUUUAUCAUCCACGACGAGAAAGCCACCACACUUCGUGAUGCUCUAACUAAGUUAUGCAGCGAGCUGCACCCCCUGGAAGGUCCACCGGCCAUCAUCAGAGUCGACCCCGCCCCUGGUUUUGUUGCACUGCGAACCGACCUAACCCUUAAACGCCUCGGCUUAUCACUAGAGAUCGGACGCGUUAAAAACACUAAUAAAAACUCAGUGGCAGAGAAGGCCAUCGCUGAACUCGAAGAAGAAAUCCUCCGCCAAGCACCCAAUGGUGGUCCAAUAACGACUGUUACCCUUGCCAUCGCAACAUCUCGACUAAAUUCCCGCCUCCGGAGAGAGGGACUCUCGGCUCGCGAGCUGUGGACACAGCGAGAUCAGUUCACUCAUGAUCAACUUCCCAUAUGUGAUCGCAAAGUAAUCCAAGAGCAACAUUUACAACGAAAACAAAACCACCCGUAUAGUGAGAAAUCGAAAAACCGAAAUAGGAAUGCGUUUGCAUCUCCUACAAUUAACGUCGGGGACUUGGUUUAUUUAGUCGCUGAGCGAGAUAAGACACAACCCCGCAGUAGAUACUUGGUCAUAUCUGUGGAAGACCCAUGGUGUGUCAUCAAGAAAUUUUCAGGUAAUCAACUGCGUGCUACAUCGUAUAAAGUUAAAACUACUGAUUGCUUGAUCGUCCCAAACCGGUCAAUAUCGAGUACACCGUAUCCCCGUCGUGACAGGGACAGUUCCGAUGAAGAAGUGUGUGAAGAAUGCCCAUAUCAGACAAGUAACGUUCCGCCCACGUUAACAACCCCAGCCGACAACAGCAUCUCGCCAACCACUACUCAGCGCCCUCAACGCAAACGCCAGUCUCCAGAUUAUUAUGGAUAUUAG